AGGUGAAAGGGGAGAGGGGGGGGCAAAGCAAGGUUGGUGGAGUCAUUAUUGGUUGAAACACCAAGGGAGAGGGGGGGUGAAAUGGAAGGGAAAGGGAAGGGAAAGGCAGAGCAGAGAGCACUGAGCGGCGAGGAUAGUACUGUGAAGCACAGAAAAAGAAGAAUAAAAAAAGGAAAAGGGAAAAACAAAAUAAAAUCAGAAAAUACAAAAAGGAUAAUGAUAAUAAAGAAAACGGAAAGGAAUAAAAUAAUAAUGAAAAUAAAAAUAAAGAAUAUUUCGUUAAAAGGAAAAUAUGACGAGCAGGAUCCAAAAAGAACCCAGAAAAAGAAAGAAACGUUAGAGAAGAGCAGCGAUCGAGUCCGUGCCAGGCGCUCUCGAUCGGGGGAAGGAGGCCGAUGAUGGCGUCGAAUGACAAGAAGAAAGAAGACCAGCGAGCGACUAUUUGCUCGGCUGAGCAGCUCCUCCUCCUGUCAAGUCGAUGAUAGUCAGUUCAGUCAGUCAAGCGUCUGUCCGCCGCGCGCAUUGCAGGGCGCGCGCAUCGCGGAUUUUCGUCAUCCAUGCUCCUGGG